AUGGCCCUAAUGAGUGAGAUAAUAUGUCUGUAGACCCCUGUUAGCAGUAGGCAUUAGACCAGUGAUGGGUAUCAGCCUGCGUGCUGGUGGGAAAUGCUACUCAACCAUUAAUUAGGCGGCUGCCUGCAUGGCACGCCCUCCAGGUAGCACCUGGGCUCAGAGAGCUUCUCGUCUGAGGGCGGAGACAUAGCCCCUGCCUUCAGAGAGCCCAAGCCUGAUAGAGGGAAUGUUCUGUCCUGGAGAGCCCCUCGGCCAAGGGUAAAGAGCAUUCUUGCAGGCCCAGGAUGGAGACCAGAGUCCCUUGCAAUGCAUACAUCUAGUAAAUACAUAGAUGCAUUUGCAUACAUAGAUGUAGAUGUAAAUGCAUCUACACAGAUGUAAAUGCAUACAUCUAGUAAAUAUUGAGGGCCCCCUGUGUCUACACCGAGCACUGGAGUAGAUGCUCAGGGUGCAAAGGGGAGCCCUGUCGCUGCCUCCAAACACCGCGAUUACAAAGUCAUGGGAUGAUGAGGUGUGGAGGGGAGCCCACGAUCAGCAUCUUCAGAUGCUGUACUUGAAAUCGCCCGUCUAGAUUCCCUUGGCACUUCCCAGGUAUGCUCACCUUCUAGAUUUUCUCUCUUCCGCCCCCUUUCUCCUGCUCCUUCACACUGGGUGUGCUUGUACUUCCUGUCUAGAGGGCAGGGUCCCCCCCUCCCCCUCACAUAGUCCAUUUCCAUGUCAUUUGGGGCAUAAUGGGUCUCCAGCUGAGUGGGUCUGGGGUGUAGGGGGUGAGGAGGAUGGAAGGAAGAGUGGGAAUCAGAAAGCCAGCCUUGGAGGGCUUCUGGAGGGGGACAAAGAGGCUGCUUUCAGUGCUGAGAGCCAGGCAGUGGGAGACAGCAAACGCUGUGCUCUCUGAGGGGUCUGAGGGCGGGGAGGAGGCAGAGGUGGGCCUAUGCCUGGAGACGAGACGUCACCCCAGGCUUUAUAAAAGCGACGCGAUCAGGGCACUGAUGAGGGUGAGCCCUGGAGCCCAGCUCCCCUCUCUGUGCGUGUUCAUCAACCCAAGAAGCACCUGGAGACCCACGGAGCUGCUACCCGGCCGGACAGAGCCAAGCCUCAGGGCACUGUCAGGUCCUGUCUUCUCACCAGGAUGAACUCGCUGGUUUCUUGGCAGCUGAUGCUUUUCCUCUGUGCCACCUCCUUCAGGGAGACAUUUGAAAAGGUGGCACCCAUGGAGAAUCCUCUAUCUACAGGCCAGCGGCUCGGAUCCCAGGCCCUCCUGGCCCCGUGGGAGCAGAGCCCGCGAUGCGCGGAGAGAAAGCCCGCCGGGGCCCAGCCCAACGCGCGGGGGGCCUCGCUGUGCCCUCCUCCCGAGAGUGCCGCGGGGCCCCAGCGGCCAGGCCUGUGCGCCCCCCGCAGCCGCCUGAUCCCCGCCCCGCGGGGCGCGGUGCUGGUUCAGCGGGAGAAGGACCUGUCCGCCUACAACUGGAACUCCUUCGGCCUGCGCUACGGGAAGCGGCAGACCGCCCCUCCCGGAAGCGUCCGCGGGGGGCGCUGCGCUUGGCUGAGCGCCAGGUGCGGGAUGGGGGCGGGGGCAUGA